AUUUUUUUAGAAAUAUUUCUUGCGAUAUUUUGAACACUUAAAAGUGUUUGUUGAAUAAAAAAAAUAAGUUAAUUUCCCAGAAAAAUGGCAAAUUCUUUAUACAUUAAGAAUGCUCGUGUUGUGAACUAUGAUUCGACUCUCGACAAUGCUGUCAUUCUAAUCGAGAAUGGAAAAAUAAAAUCAAUUGGAAAAGAAUCAGAAUUAGAAGUUCCCCAAAAUGUUCAAGUGAUUGACGCAGCUGGCAGAUACGUUUUGCCGGGGGGAAUCGAUCCUCAUACACAUUUCGAAAUGGACUUUGAUGGAACAGUCACUGUUGACGAUUUUUAUCAUGGAACACGAGCAGCCGUAGCUGGUGGUACGACAACAAUAAUUGACUUUAUUAUACCAAAAAAGGGCGAGUCUUUAUUGAAUGCUUAUGACGAUUGGCGACGGAGAGCAAAUGUAAAGGCUGUAUGUGACUUUGGUUUUCAUUGUGCAAUUUCUUGGUGGAGUCCUUCAGUUAGUGAAGAGAUGGCAAUUCUGUGCAAGGAAAAAGGGAUCAGUUCUUUUAAAAUGUAUAUGGCUUAUAAAGGUUUCUUGAUGUUGAAUGACUUUGAACUUUUCGAAGCAUUCGAACGUAUUCGUGAUCUCGGAGCUUUGGCACAAGUUCAUGCUGAAAACGGAGACAUCAUUGCAAAGAACACAGAGAAACUUCUUAAAAUAGGACUCACGGGACCUGAAGGUCAUCAAUUAUCCAGAACAGAAGAUGUUGAAGCAGAAGCAACGAAUCGAGCAUGUACCAUCGCAAAUCAAACUAAAUGUCCCCUUUAUGUUGUGCACGUUAUGUCCAUAUCGGCAGCUGAAGAAAUUUCACGUGCAAGGAAACAAUUUGGAGAAAAUUUAAUUUAUGGAGAGACAUUAGCUGCGGCAUUGGGAACUGAUGGUAAUGAGUAUCAUGAUAAAUGUUGGCACCAUGCAGCUGCCCAUGUCUUGUCACCACCUUUAAGACCUCGUCAGGGAACAAAGGAAACUCUAAUGGAAAUGUUGGCAAGCAACGUACUUCAAUCAACAGGAUCUGAUAAUUGUACAUUUAACAAAGAGCAGAAAGAAUUGGGAUUAAAAGAUUUCUCUAAAAUUCCAAAUGGAGUCAAUGGAGUUGAAGAUCGAAUGAGUGUUGUUUGGGAAAAAGGUGUUCAUGCUGGUAAAAUUGACCCACAGAAGUUUGUUGCUGUCACAUCAACAAAUGCUGCAAAGCUUUUCAAUGUCUAUCCCAGAAAAGGCGCUAUUGCUGUUGGUUCCGAUGCUGACAUUGUGAUCUGGAAUCACGAAGCAACUCGAACAAUCUCAGCUAAGACUCAUCAUCACGCUUGUGAUUUUAAUAUCUUUGAAGGAAUGACUUGUCAUGGAGUUCCUGAGAUGGUCAUUGUGAAUGGAAAGAUUUGUGUUGAUAAGAAUAAAGUUGAAUAUCAAUUAAAAUCAAUUAGAAUCGGUACUAUGAAGUUUAAAUUAAAAAUGGUAAAUUCUUUAUACAUUAAGAAUGCUCGUGUUGUGAACUAUGAUUCAACUCUUGACAAUGCUGUCAUUCUAAUCGAGAAUGGAACAAUAAAAUCAAUUGGAAAAGAAUCAGAAUUAGAAGUUCCCCAAAAUGUUCAAGUGAUUGACGCAGCUGGCAGAUACGUUUUGCCGGGGGGAAUCGAUCCUCAUACACAUUUCGAAAUGGACUUUGAUGGAACAGUCACUGUUGACGAUUUUUAUCAUGGAACACGAGCAGCCGUAGCUGGUGGUACGACAACAAUAAUUGACUUUAUUAUACCAAAAAAGGGCGAGUCUUUAUUGAAAGCUUAUGACGAUUGGCGCCGCAAAGCAGAUCCCAAAGCUGUUUGUGACUUUGGUUUUCAUUGUGCAAUCACUUGGUGGAGUCCUUCAGUAAGUGAAGAGAUGGCAAUUCUAUGCAAGGAAAAAGGGAUCAGUUCCUUUAAAAUGUUCAUGGCUUAUAAAGGUCUUUUCAUGUUGAAUGACUUUGAACUUUUUGAAACGUUCGAACGUAUCCGCGAUCUCGGAGCUUUGGCACAAGUUCAUGCUGAAAACGGAGACAUCAUUGCAAAGAACACAGAGAAACUUCUUAAAAUGGGACUCACGGGACCUGAAGGUCAUCAAUUAUCCAGAACAGAAGAUGUUGAAGCAGAAGCAACGAAUCGAGCAUGUACCAUCGCAAAUCAAACUAAAUGUCCCCUUUAUGUUGUGCACGUUAUGUCCAUAUCGGCAGCUGAAGAAAUUUCACGUGCAAGGAAACAAUUUGGAGAAAAUUUAAUUUAUGGAGAGACAUUAGCUGCGGCAUUGGGAACUGAUGGUAAUGAGUAUCAUGAUAAAUGUUGGCACCAUGCAGCUGCCCAUGUCUUGUCACCACCUUUAAGACCUCGUCAGGGAACAAAGGAAACUCUAAUGGAAAUGUUGGCAAGCAACGUACUUCAAUCAACAGGAUCUGAUAAUUGUACAUUUAACAAAGAGCAGAAAGAAUUGGGAUUAAAAGAUUUCUCUAAAAUUCCAAAUGGAGUCAAUGGAGUUGAAGAUCGAAUGAGUGUUGUUUGGGAAAAAGGUGUUCAUGCUGGUAAAAUUGACCCACAGAAGUUCGUUGCUGUCACAUCAACAAAUGCUGCAAAGCUUUUCAAUCUCUAUCCCAGAAAAGGCGCUAUUGCUGUUGGUUCCGAUGCUGACAUUGUGAUCUGGAAUCACGAAGCAACUCGAACAAUCUCAGCUAAGACUCAUCAUCACGCUUGUGAUUUUAAUAUCUUUGAAGGAAUGACUUGUCAUGGAGUUCCUGAGAUGGUCAUUGUGAAUGGAAAGAUUUGUGUUGAUAAGAAUAAAGUUGAAAAGAUGUCAACGAUUCCAAUUUUCAACCCACAAUCACCAUAUCUCGGACUUAUUCCAGGAGGUCUCAGAGUUGGCUCUACUUUGAGGAUUCAAGCGAGCAUUCAAGGUUUCGCUAAUCGUUGUCAAAUAUACCUGCAAAGUGGUGCAGCUUUGAGACCAAGAGAUGAUGUAAUGUUUCAUCUCAGUAUAAGACCACAAGAAAGAGCCAUCGUCAGAAACCAUAUGCAAAAUCAAGUAUGGGGAAGUGAAGAAAGAUAUGGAAAUACUACAAUAGAACCAUAUCAAUCGUUUGAGAUUUCGAUAACUGCUGAGUCUUCGAAUUAUAGAGUGAAUGUGAAUAAUUCGUAUUUGUGCACUUUUCCGUAUCGUUUGCCGGUUAAUUUGGUUCGAUACAUAUCGAUUGACGGUACGUGUACUAUCACAUCAAUACAAGUUGAUUCCUUUGGAGGAGCUACUGCUUAUCCACCAGUUCAUAGUCAUCCACCAGUUCAUAGCCAUCCACCAGCUCAUAGCCAUCCACCAAUUCAUCACCAUCCACCAGCACCUCCACCAAUGCCACCAGUUGCACCUCCACCUUAUCCAGGAAUUUAUCCUGGUCAUCAUCAUCCGACACCCUACACGGUAUUUAAACAUGAAUUAAUGGAGAAAAUGAAUAAUUUAAAGCAUUAUUAACGCUUCUGUUUGUUGAACUUUGUUAUGUUUUUAUGCUGCUUUCAAUCCUUUGAUUGUUUCAUUUGUAAGGAAAAUUAUUUGUAGUUCAGCACAUUACACAUAAAACUAUCAAAAAAUAAAAAAGGAGUAAAGAUAAAUUAUAAAUUAAUUUUUUUAUUUUCAACUGUUUUUCAGGAGCCUGAAAAAUCAGACAAGAAAUCAAU